CAACAUAAUCCGUUCCCAUGGGAGUGCUCUUACUACGGAAGCUCGCUAGGAUAACAGGAGGACCCGAAACGCGAAGGAGCCAGGAGCAGCAGGAGGCCGCGGCUGGAGAAUGACUGACGACGUUAUAUUAGUGAGUACAAAACUACGGAGGGUUUAACAAAAGGUUUCGAGAGCCAACUCCCGUGCUUCUCUACGAGCUCCCGAAGCUUUGUCUGGACACCGCAGGAUGAGUCUGGAUAAAGCAAAGCUGUGUGAUUCACUGUUAACCUGGUUACAGACGUUUCAGGUGCCGUCAUGCAACAGCAAGCACGACCUAACAAGUGGAUUGGCCAUUGCUCAUGUGCUGCACAGAAUAGACCCCUCUUGGUUUAAUAAGACAUGGUUAUGCAGGAUCAAGGAGGAGAGCGAGGCCAACUGGCGUCUCAAGGUCAGCAACUUGAAGAAGAUUCUUAAGAGCAUGCUGGAGUACUAUCACGAUGUGCUUGGUCAUCAGGUCUCAGAUGAGCACCUGCCAGAUGUGAACCUUAUAGGAGAGAUGGGAGAUGUCACUGAACUGGGGAAGCUGGUACAGCUCGUACUGGGCUGUGCUGUCAGCUGUGAGAAGAAACAAGAGCAAAUCCAGCAGAUAAUGACACUUGAGGAAUCUGUCCAGCACGUCGUGAUGACAGCCAUUCAGGAGCUCUUAUCAAAAGAGCCUUCAUCUGAACCAGGAAGCCCAGAGAGCUACGGGGACUUCGACUACCAGUCCAGGAAGUAUUAUUUUCUAAGCGAGGAGGCUGAUGAGAAGGAGGACCUGAGCCAUCGCUGUCGAGACUUGGAACAUCAGCUGUCAACGGCUCUGGAGGAGAAGUCGUCCCUUCAGGCAGAGACUCGUGCUCUGAAGGAGAAGCUGAGCUGUUGUGACUCUGCGGAUGCCUCCACCAUGGCAAUCACCGGCAAGAAGCUGCUGCUGCUGCAGAGUCAGAUGGAGCAGCUUCAGGAGGAGAACUACAGGCUGGAGAGCAGCAGAGACGACCUGAGCGUGCGGGCAGAGGUACUGGAGCGGGAGGUGGUCGAGCUGCAGCAGCGUAACGAGGAGCUGACCAGCCUGGCGCAGGAGGCCCAGGUCUUCAAAGACGAGAUGGACAUUCUCAGGCACUCAUCUGACCGGGUGAACCAGCUCGAAGCUUUGGUGGAGACGUACAAGAGGAAGCUGGAGGAUCUGGGAGACCUGCGCAGACAGGUGCGCCUCCUAGAGGAGCGCAACACCGUGUACAUGCAGCGCACCUGCGAACUGGAGGAGGAGCUCCGCAGGGCCAACGCCGUCCGCAGUCAGCUGGACACCUACAAGAGACAGGCUCAUGAGCUUCACACCAAGCACUCGGCAGAGGCCAUGAAAGCUGAGAAGUGGCAGUUUGAGUACAAGAAUCUCCAUGACAAGUACGAUGCACUGAUGAAGGAGAAAGAACGUCUGAUCUGUGAAAGAGAUGCGCUUCGGGAGACGAAUGAUGAGCUCAGGUGUGCACAAGUCCAACAGAGGUGUCUCAGUGGGACAGGAGGCUUGUGUGACAGCGGUGACGCAGUGGGGAACCUGGCUGCAGAGAUUAUGCCCACGGAGCUCAAGGAGACAGUGGUGCGUCUACAGAGUGAAAACAAGAUGCUGUGUGUCCAGGAGGAGACAUACAUGCAGAGACUAGUGGAGGUGCAGGCUGAGCUGGAAGAGGCUCAACGCAGCAAGAACGCCCUGGAAACUCAGAACAGGUUGAACCUGCAGCAGAUCUCAGAGCUGCGUUCUCAGGUCGAGGAGCUCCAGAAGGCGCUCCAGGAGCAGGAUGGCAAGACCGAGGACGCCAUUUCGUCCUUACUGAAGAAGAAGCUUGAGGAGCAUUUGGAGAAGCUCCACGAAGCUCACUCAGAUCUCCAGAAGAAACGAGAGGUCAUUGAUGACUUGGAGCCCAAAGUGGACAGCAGCAUGGCCAGGAAGAUCGAUGAACUCCAGGAGAUCCUGCGGAAGAAGGACGAGGACAUGAAGCAGAUGGAGGAGCGCUACAAGCGCUACAUGGACAAGGCGAGGACGGUGAUCAAAACCCUGGACCCCAAGCAGCAGCCGGUGACUGUGACUCCUGACAUCCAGACUCUGAAGAACCAGCUGACGGAGAGAGAGCGAAGAAUCCAGCACCUGGAGCACGACUACGAAAAGAGUAGAGCCAGACACGACCAGGAGGAGAAGCUCAUCAUUAGUGCGUGGUACAGCAUGGGUAUGGCGUUACAUCAGAAAGUGUCCGGUGAGCGGCUGGGCCCCUCCAACCAGGCCAUGUCCUUCCUGGCCCAGCAGAGGCAGUCCGCCUACGCCAGGAGAAGCCUGGCACGCCACCACCCACGGUAGAGGACAGACAGUGCUGCACCUCAGACGCUUGUCAGGCAGCUGCUGCCCCCUGCUGGCUCUUUAUGACAGUGUUUCCUCUGUGGAGCCUCAGACGACUGAUUCAUCUGCUGCUGUUUUCUAUUCAGCUCAAACAAACUGAGCUGAGAAGAGUCUGUCUCACCUUUUAAGGUGGCUUUUAUUUCCUCUAUGGCCUCUCGGACUUGAUCCUGUUUGUAUAAGUCUUCUAAAUGUUUUUAAUAUCUUUUAUGUUGCACAAUAAGCUGGAGCGUGACUGAGCUUUGUCAGGGUUACAGUGCAGUGGAUGAGGGAGGAGGAGUUUGGGGCUUUAUAAGUGAAGAAGAGGAAGCUACGCAGACUGAAGACAGAUCGUUACAUCUUCUUGGUUUUGUUCCUGUGGUUUUAACUUUCUUCUGGUUUUUAUUUUUGUCUUCUAGCUUGUGUGUUUCUUUGAGGUGCUUUUUUAAAUGUUUCCAUUUGAAACCUUGAGGAGGUGUAAAGACCAUGGGGGUGUGUUUUACAGCUGUAGUCUUGUUUUCCUUUAGAUUCACUUGAGUCUUUUCACUGAAACCUAAUGACCUCCACCAAAGCACUUUGUCCAGAAGGCCUGGUCAGUGCCUCCGUCUGUGGGUGAGACACCUGCGGCUUCCUCCCUCUCUAAUGCAGAAACAUUGUAAAGAACACUGGAGGUUUGUUGUCACGUCUGCUGAUAACAUGGCCUGUGCAUAUGAUUUUUCUCAACAAUGUUCCCAUGAAUUUGAUUUAUUCCUUAAUGUUUUGAAACAGGGUGUUAGCUGUGAGUAAGACCUUUUUGCACUCCACACUUUAAACUGAUGUGAACGCUGGCGGCCGAAGGCUCCCAGUUUAUCACGGGGAAGCUGGGGUCGCUGCUGAUAAGAACACUAAAACAGUGACUCGGCUAAUGACUGUUUACCGUCACUAGACCUCAUUUCAAGUCGAACUGAGCUGGAAGGAAAUGUAUGCUGUAAUUCUCUUGUCGUGUGUUGACAGGAAGCCGGAGGCUGAGUCCGUAGCACGUGUAUCAACACUGCGUCUGGGUAUUUUUCUUUUUCAACAGAUCUAUUUUUUG